ACCAAACAGAAUAUUCAAGGAAAUUCAACAAUUGCUGCCAACUGAAAAUAUAUUCGGAUUCACAAUUAAUUAAGCACUCUAUAUCAAGAGAUUGCUAUAAUUGUAAUGAAUUAUGCCAAGGUGCAUCUCUACACUUUGAUACCUUGAUUUUAGUACCUGUUUAAAAAAAGUGAAAAUUCUGCGUAUAGCAAUCAACAAAAUAUGUACUCUGAGUGGGCAUCGCUGUCGGCGCAGAUUACUGCCAACAGUUGUGGAGCGCAAUGUUUCAGCGUUCUAAACAAGUUUCCAGCGUCUGCGGGUCGAGAAGUGGUCAUUUCAGUUGUAAAACAACUGGGCACCAAUUUGGGCAUAACACAGAACGCGGAGCCCAGCCACUUGGUGAAGGAUGAGGAGGUUAGAUGGUGUAUGGACGUCAUUUGUUUUGGCCUUUCGUUGCCGCUGCAGGAGCAUGAGACCAUCAAAGACUGUGUCAAUGUUUACUGCGAAUGGUUGACGGCCCUGCACCCACAGCCACGAAUCAGUGUUCCCAAGCCCAUUUGUGAAGAUGCAAAUCUUUAUGCGAGGCAGAUAAUCAAUCAUUUCCACAACCUAUUCGUUCCACGGCAGGGAGAAAGCUCUGAUACCAUUAAGCGUCAGGCAGUGCUAUGUCAUCGCGUGUUGCGCACUCUUCAACAAACAGCUCAAAUCUCGCAGCACAUGGAUCGAGAGACCUGGGAUACGCUACUGCUGUUUUUGUUGGCCAUAAAUGAGAUAUUGCUGGCGCCGCCGACCGUCAAGGAUGAUGUUGGCGAUCAAUUGUGUGAACGCGUGCUCUCUGUGCUCUUCGAGGUUUGGCUUUUGGCAUGUGUCCGCUGUUUUCCAUCGCCCUCACUGUGGAAGACCUUGCAAGAGUCGUGUGCCAUGUGGCGUCAUCGAAUUGCACUUGUUGAUCAGUGGAACCGUGUGAACUUGGCCCUAACCGCGCGCCUGUUGGAGUUUAGCUACGGCCCUGAUUUUACACAGCUCAAAAAUGCUGGCGACGAGGACGGUCAGCUUAUACCUGCAGGCAUGACCAACGACUGUGUAGCACAGACUUGGUAUCGGUUUUUGCGCAUGAUUGGCAAUCCCACUGCUCUCUGCUCGCCGCACAUUAUCAGUAAAUCGUCGCACUUCGUACAAUGGGCUCUAACGCACGAGAAAGGCGCUGAGACACAUCAGCAUCCUUGCCUUCAAAUGUUACCACAAAUCUUUUUGAAUGCAAUCAGGGGUAUUUCCAGCCAAGUUGAUGCCUUCUUAGGCAUUUAUCAGCCACCGCCUAACCAGCAGGACAACGUCGUCACAAAUCUGCUUGAGAUACGCCACUCUUUAAACGAGGCUACCUCAUCCACGCUACAACAGUUCAUACACUCGAGCAGCGUUUCAAACAUUAGCAUGCAGCAAUUAGGGGCAACUCAGUCCCAUCAGCCGCAUCAUCAUCACCACUAUCCGCAUUUACAUUUACAUGGUGCUGGUAGUUUUCUCCGCGAUAACUUUGUCAGCAGUUCGGCAAGCUCUGCCUUAAACGCCAUCAUGGGUCAUCAUCACCACCACCACCAACAUCAGCAACAGCAACAACAACAGCAGGCGGCACAGCCUCAGGGGCAGCAUGGUAGCGCUUCUCCAACCAACUAUUGCCAUAUCGCUCCCCCAGGUCCAGUGGGCAGCAUAAGUGCUGGCGGCAGCCAUUCAGCAGGCGUUGUCGGCUGCAUCACAUUCAGCACGUCUGAGGCAAUGCCCAUGACAGUCGCGAAUGGCAGCAACAGCGUGACGCCAACGCCACCUUUGCAGCGUCGUCUGGCUAAGAGUUUCAGUGUGGCGCCGUCUAUUACGCAGCAGAAGGGCUUAAGCAAAACCGCGCUUAUCAGCCUAACACGCAGCUCAGCGAACGCCGCCCCUACGACGCCGACCUCAGGUCCACCCUCCGCCAGCAGCAUCAAUUCGCUGCCAUCCAUCGGUACCGACCUACGCCCGCCGCUGUCUGUGGCUCGACCGAAGUGCAACAGCAUUCUGCAUUUAUUUGGUGAAUGGCUGUUCGAGGCAGCGCACAUAGGCGGCGACACUUGGCUGCAGAAUCGGAAGAAACAAGCAUGCGAGGCUAGCAAGCGACCGUCGUCUAUGAUAAUGGAGAAUCGCAAGGGCUCGAUAUCGUUGUCCCAACCCAAUUCCCUUAACGAUCCUACAUCGCUGCCGCCCACGCUAACCAUUGAUAAAUAUGAAUCUGGCCGCGCCGAGGCAAUUGGCACCCUCUGCAAGAUUUUCUGCGCAAAAAAAACGGGCGAGGAAAUUCUGCCAGUCUAUUUAGCGCGCUUUUAUAUGGCACUGCAGCAGUGCCUCAAGAUAACCGAGUCCAAGGAGUGCGAUGAAACAUUGGCCAGCAUUCUGCUCCAUUCGGCAGAUUUGUUCCGCUUAGACCUCGAUGGUAUCAAUGUGCUACUACCUGGCUUCAUAGCUGCGUUAGAAAUCGUACUGCCGGACAAAGACUUGAAGCUUAAGACACAGGCAAUUGCAUUCAACCGGACCGAGCUGCGUCGUUCGGCCAUAAACAUUUUACUCUCCAUCAUGGUACUUCCGCUGCAUUAUCAUACUCUGCCCAUACGAAACUUGACAUCUGACACUGGCGAGAAGGUUUUGACCUUCUUACAACUCAAAUCUCGACUAAUGAACAUUCUGAUGAACGCGCUACAAGUGGAAACUGACGCCCAAAACACGCAUAUGUUAUUAGGCGGACUUCUGCUCUGUGUACAGGAUGCCGUGACCUUUGAGGACACUGAGCUUGGCGGCACGGAUCAUUUGAGCGGCCCCGGUGUUCAACACCAUGAAGAAAACCUGCUAAGUUCCGCGGGCUCGGACCGUUCCGCUUCGCUAGCCAGCGGCACGGUCAGCUUUGGCGCACAGACCACAGCAAUGAGCUCGCGUGAUACAGGUUCGGCCCACGAUUAUCCCAGUCUGACCAUAUCCGAUGAUAUAUCGGUGGAGUUUACGCACGAGUUUGAGAGCGUUGCAUCAUAUGACAACGCACAUGCCUUGUUUGUACGCGCCACAUAUUUGGUGUGUCACCGGUUAAUCUCUUCGUGGAAGACCGACUUAAAUGUUUCACUUGCAGCUCUGGAGUUACUGUCAGGUCUGGCGCGGCUUCACAUACGCGAAACAGCCAGGAAAUUAACAAAUGACGCUCUAGAGUGCAAGCGCGCAGUGAAGUGGAUAUGCGACUAUAUUUGCUAUCAGUGCUCACGACCUCCGCCGGCGCACAGUAAGGAUCUGCACAGCACAAUAGUGGCGGCGUUCCAGUGCACGGCAGCCUGGCUUAUGCAGCAUCCGUACCUCCUGCAGGACAAAGACUGCUUGCAGACGGUGCUUGAGGUGGUUGAGCUGGGCAUAUCAGGCACAAAGAGCCAGAGCAAAAAUGGGGAUCUACCUAAGUUUAAAGAUGAAAAAGAACUAAAACCAGCUUCGAUGCGCGUCCGCGAUGCAGCAGAGAAUCUUCUCACCAUCAUACUCGAACAGGUUGGUUACUUUCCAAGUGAGUGUGGACCCGAAUCUAUCUCUUCGCUCUUGGAUGAACUGGCUCUAAUGAAGCACUGCAAUUCGCUCCCGACUGGAGACGGUUCGGUCGGCGUUUGCAAUGCGGAACAAGCUAUCUCAAAGUUUAAAUAUUUUGUUACGGAAAACUCGACGAUAUUGGCUUUACUGGAAGAGCCUUUGGGCAAUGAUCAAGAUCCACAACCAACUGUCACUCUUCUUAUACGUGGUCCCUUUGGCCGACAUGCUUGGACAAUGCAGCUGCGCCAUCUGCCGCGCAGCAAGUCGGGUGUAAAGUACCAUGCCGUCAAUCCCGGCCGGCCCAUUCCUAUGAACGACAUCACGCAGCGUCCCGAAUGCGAGCAAAAAAACUUUCCCGAAGGCGUUGACAAAGUGCAGCCCUGUGUGGCCGAUUACUCAAUACCAACGAUUGAUCAGAUACGUGAGCAAUAUGGCGCCAACGUCAUAAGUGAGCUGGAAGCAAUGCUUGAAAAUCAAAGUAUACACGAAAAGUUGGCUUGGGCGGAAUCGGACAAUAGCAUCGAUAGUCUGUCGCAUGCACAGGAAUGUGUACCGCCCACGGUCUGCCAUGAGUUUCAUGCAGCUCGCCUGUUUCUCUCUCAUUUCGGAUUUCUUAGCUUCGAGAUCCGCGAUCCGCAUAACCCCAUUGAGUCACUGGGUCCACCGCAAAGACCCCUUAUUGUGCUUGACACAAAAUCAACUGCUUUUGCUAUGGAUUUGGAUAAGCUGGAUAAGCUCAGCGCCCGCACGCACGAUACUGUUUACUGUUUCUACGUAAAGGCGGGUCAAACUAGUGCACAACAGAUCAUUGGUAACAUGGCUGAAGAUCAAUCGUAUGACUCACACUUUGCCAAUAUGCUGCAGACGUUGGGAUGGCCGGUUCAGGUGGCCGAGCACUCGGGUUGGACGGGCUUUGCACAUAAUUCGUGGUCGUUAAAGGGUACAUCGAUUCCGGCCGACCGUUACCAAUCAAACGUGUCCAGCGAAUCUAAUUACAAUGGUGCACAGCAUGUGCUCUACUGGGCGGAUGUCUCAUCCGAGAUUGCUUUUGUAGUUCCUAAUGCUUGGAAUCUGCGCUACAAUAGCGAAAUGGACGCCUGCAGCUUGUCCAGUAAUUGCAGUGAUCAGAGCACAAUGAGCAAUGUCUGGACACGUGGGGACGAUGCUGGUUCUCUUAAAUCCAAGCCAAGAAAUCUCAGCUUAGAAUUAGAUACAAAUACCAGAAACAAGGAGCCAGUACCACCCACGCGACGAAAGGGGAAUGUGUCGAAGCCUACUCUUCUCGUCCAAGCGCCAGCAAAGAUAUUCCUUGUCUGGCUGGAGAGCUUCGAGGAUUAUUUGAACUUUCCCGUCGAAGAUCUGCUGGCGUACGCACGCACUGGUGAAGAGCUCCAGUCGAUGCAGUUGCCGAGGGCAGCCGACUGUCAUGUGAUCUUCCUGCAUUCUCUUCAGUCUGGUUUACUGAGAGUGAAACUGCUGGGACCACCUGGUCGGAUGAGCUUUGCAACGCCAUUAGUGGAUGGUAUGGUACUUAGUCGGCGCGUUGUGGGUAAUUUGGUACGUCAAACGGCGCUUAAUAUAUCGCGACGUAGGCGUCUGGAUAAUGAUAACUACCAACCACCUCAUGUACGACGCCGUCUAAAGGUGCAGGACAUAGUCCAAAAGUAUAAGAUGGAUCUAAGCGAAGCUGAACUACUGGCGCAUUUAUUCCAGCGUUCUAUUUAGCUUUAAAGCAUUUAUAUACAAUAGUAUUUUAUUUUACUUCAAUCCGCUUCUCUAAGCAUAUUAAUUUUAGUAUUUAUAUAACAAGUCUAAAUAAACUAACAAAGUUAGGGCCUUAAGAGCAAAACAAGCACA